CAGCAUGAAGCGGGAGGAGGCGCGAGGAGGAACCGACUGAUCCGAGACCAGAACCUCCAAGUUCACUGCGGAGGGUUCACGGAGGAUCCGCGCGGCACCUGGACCCGUACCUGGACCGGAACAAGCUUCAGCAGGUUCAGGAGCACAGAGGAGGAUUUACGCACGCGGCUGCGCUCAGGUGGACUCCCGGGGACAAGCAUGGGGGGACCCGGGUUCUGAAGCUCCCCGAGUCCCGAAGAACAGGACGGACUGGACCCAAAUCCCUGAGUACCGACUCCCUGCUGGUCCCAGACCCUGGUCCUGAAGAUGUUCCAGAACAAGAAAUGCUUCACAAUCGAGGCUCUGGUCGGGAAAGACGCGUCCAGCUCGGCUUCUGGUUCUGGUUCUGGGGAUGAGCCCAUCCGGCCCACUGCGCUCCGGUUCCCGGACUCCAUGCACCCGGCCUCGGUCUCCGGGGUCUUCGGCUCGUGCUUCCAGGGGAGCGGCGGGAGGACUUUGUUCUGUUCGGGUCCGGACAUGGUGCUGCAGGAGCCCGGGACGCACGCGCAGGGUCCGGGCGGGCUCCCGCUGCACCCGCUGCAGAUCCCCCACCAGAGCUUCUUCAGCCCGCAGCACCGGGACCCGCUGGGCUUCUACCCCUGGGUCCUCCGGAACCGGUUCCUGGGACACCGCUUCCAAGGAGAGGACAGCAGUCCGGAGAACCUGCUGCUCCACGGCCCGUUCUCCAGGAAACCCAAACGGAUCCGCACGGCGUUCUCGCCCUCCCAGCUGCUGCGACUGGAGCGGGCCUUUGAGAAGAACCACUACGUAGUCGGAGCCGAGAGGAAGCAGCUGGCCAGCGGCUUGUGUCUGACCGAGACGCAGGUGAAGGUGUGGUUUCAGAACCGCAGGACGAAGCACAAGCGACAGAAGUUGGAGGAAGAGUCUCCUGAAGCUCAGCAGAAGAGGAAGGGAAGUCAACAUGUGAGCCGCUGGAGAGCCGCCACGCAGCAGCCGGGAGGAGAAGACGUGGACGUCAUCAGUGAUGACUAGACACACGCACACACAUGUGCACACACACGCACACACAUGCACACACGCACACAUGCGCACACAGCUGAUGGCUGAUGUUCUCGAGGACUGACUGAGGAGAAAUGACUUCCUGUUCCAGACUGGUUUUAAAAAGAGGAAGAGAGGAUUGUUUUUCAAAAUAAAAGAGGAAACUUCCUGUCAGAUCUGGACUGAUGAGGAUCCAACGGGUCUCAGAGGCUGGACACUGGUUUCGGUACCAAACGGUCCUGAAAGACACAGAAUAUAAAAACCGAUGAACUGCAGGUUUCUGAACCGGCUCGGUUCCACAAACGAGAGGAUCGUUCCUCAGAGAUCCUCAGAGGUUCUUCUUCUUCACACGCACACAUAAAAUAAAAAAUCUCCAGAAUCUUGUAAAGGUUUCCUGCAGACGGACAGAAGGAGGAAGGUGUUGGUGCCGAUUCAUCCAGAACCUGGAUCAGUUCUCACUGAAAACAGAAAUUAAUUUUUAUUCAUUUUCUGGAAAAAAAAAAAUCUGUUUGAAAAAUCUUUGUUCCCAUGACGGUUAAUGAACCACAGAAAUGAAGGUGAACUUUGGAUUUAAUCACCUGGUCUGGAUCACUUGGUUUGGAUCAUCUGGUCUGGAUCACCUGGUCUGGAUCA